GUCGACAUCAAUGAUACGCUGAACGUACGGAUACGAAGCUGCACAGCAUGGUAGCUGGAGGUGACGCUGUCAGCAAUAUACCUACUUCGGGUAGGUAUUAAGGGGUUAGAUUGGGCGAGCUCUUCACGGCAUAAUAAUCACUUCCUACCGCAAUAAUUGAGCCUAGAUCGGCCUAUCGGCGCUGGGCGUUCUUCGCUACGCAAAACAUAACCUUCCAGCUAUAGCAGGUAGGUUGGAACUAUUGGGUGGCGUCGUGCAGAUGCUAUCUCUAUGAAGAGCUAAGCCGUAGCCGCGCUCGCUUGACUGCAACCCACCUCCAUUUGCACUGAAUGUCGCUAGAUGCUUUGAGUUUUCUUACGAUACCUACUAGGAAAAGCUGUCUCUCACAUGGCGUUUCUUUCUCAGCUUGGCGUUCGAUGACUUUUCUACCUUCACCUCAGCCUUCCGUGUCUUCACUAUGCUUUCUAUUGAAGAAUAUAGAACACCAACAGUCAUAUCGAUCAAGCAGCCAAGUAUUUCGAGCUGUGCCCGAUUCUGAGCCGAUUCGAAUUCCAAGGUCAUCCGCUUCUUUAUCUGUCAGCUAUGCAACUCUCGUACGUCGUUCUAGCUGCAGUCGCAUCCCUCGCUGUUGCGCAGACUCGGUCAUCAAAGCGCGGAUUGGUGUUUGUCCCCAACCCGAACAGCCCGCAAGAUAACAAGAUAUGGGUCCAGUCAGGGUCGGAUCUAACUUGGUACUAUAAUUAUGGAUCAACGCCAUCGCCUGCCUUCGACGACGUAUCCCAAGACGAAUUUGAAUUCGUCCCUAUGUUAUGGGGUGCUAUUAAUGACACCUCAUUCCUCGACUCGGUUCAAGGCCAGAUGGAUUCCGGUCGUCAUAUCACACAUGUGCUAGGAUUCAACGAGCCGGAUACCCAGUAUUAUGGUGGUAGCAACAUCCAACCUUCGGAAGCGGCGGAUGUGUGGGUAAAGAACAUCGCACCUCUCGCAGACAGAGGUGUCAAGCUAGGGUUACCAGCUUGCACGGGUGGUUGGGGAGGAAUACCAUGGUUGCAGCAGUUUCUCGGGAAUUGCUCCGAGUUGAUCAGCACAGGCGAUGACAAGAAGAAUUGCACGUAUGAUUUCGUGGCGAUCCAUUGGUAUGGGAAUUUCGAGGGUUUGGCGAGUCAUAUGGGCUCUUACGCCGCCGCAUUUCCGAACGUCACCCAGUGGAUCACUGAGUAUAACUUCAACGAUCAGGACCUCGCGACAACACAGGCUUUUUAUAACACGUCUUCCGAGUAUUUCGAUCGCAUGGAUUCUGUUGGGCGCUACAGCUUGUUUGGCUCUUUCCGGUCCGGCGACAGCAACGUAGGGCCUAAUGCCGUCAUGUUGAAUAACGACGGAGACCUCACGGACAUCGGCUCGUGGUAUUUGGGCAUCACCGGUACAGGUGUCGAGCCUCAGUCAGGAUCGAGGAGAGGAUACGCACCCAUGGUAGGCGCAAUCAUAUUUUCGAUGGUUUUGGGGGCUUUCCUCACGAUUUAAUCGAAAUUUGCAAAAGACAUCCAAGACGGGGGACCUCUCAAUAAUAUAUUAGAAUUUCUUUAAAGUUGAAUAAAUUUAGAAUGGCAAGGCAAAUUCAUCAAUCGGAGUUUAAGGGAGCUACCCCGGACUUCCAAGGGGGAUGGACCUUGAAUGAGUUCAGUUUUUUUGUAAGGGUACCUGGAUAAAUAAUAUCAGUUGGCAGCCAGUGAAAAGUACUAGGUACAGAAAAUGAGACCCCACUGAUACAUCUGCCGAUGGCCGAAGUGACCGAAGCAAGCCUCGGCAAAAUGCUAGGUGCUAGGUUCCUUGUAGGUAUUACCUCGAUUUCAUCUUCUCGGAAAGCG